UUUUGAACUAUUUUAUUAAAUAGUUAAAAGCAUUAUAUAAAAUAUUAACUAUUUUUUGAAUGUUAAAAUUUUUUUAAUAUCAUUCUUAAAUAAAUAAACUAAACAAAUAAAGCUACAUUCUUCGCGCAUUUUAAAGUAUUGCCCAAUGAGAAGCAAAAGAAUAACGCAUUACAUUCCAUUCUGUUUCGUUCUGCCACCAUAUCGAAUGCAUUCGUAACCGGUUAGCUUUUGCGAACGCCACCUUACUACGCUGUAGAAUUGUGAACGAACCAGCAUUGAUUCUAUUUGUAUCUGCCAUUUUGCAACUCGACUGCAUCUUUUCAUUCAAAAAUCUAAUUUCCGGAAAUAGAAAUUUAAUUGGAUGUAAAUCCAUUGUGGGACGGUGUCCCUUAAUAAUAGACCGACAACCGGUCUCAAACGAUUUUGGAAAUUUGUCCACGUCCACAAUCAACGACAAGAAGCUGUAACAAGAAAAAGAUAAAUUUUUUUUCUACCUUACCAUCCUGACUAGUGAGUCAUAAUUACACGGUAAUGACAUUUGUGUCACACGCGGUACACUACGUUUCACCUGCUAAGCGUUUUCUCAAGGUCUCUAUAUUUAUAUGUAUUUUGAAACAAUUUCAUUUAAUGCGCCUACACAUCAUUGAUGAUUGUGUAUUAUACAGCAUUUUUUAGAUAAUAUUUUAAGCAUUAUUAUUUUAAUUCAGUUCAAUUGGUGGACAGUUUUAUUUACACUGGACCAUUUUUACUCGCCUACUAGCCUUGUCCUCUCUUAAAGAUACAUAAUGCCAAUGUAUCAUUAAUGAAAUAAAAUAAUUUUUGUUAUAUUUAAUUUUUAAAAAGAUUUUUUAAAGUAUUGAACAAAAUUAAAAUAUUGUUAAAAUGAUGGACAUUGAUCCUCCACAAUUUGUGUCCAAAGAUGAUGAAAUUCAAUAUUGGAUGGAACUUGCUCAUCAAAUACAUAGAAGGAAAGAGGAUAUAGAAAGAGAAUUGGAAGAAUUUCAAGAAAAUUCACAAUUGUUAGAAAAAGAACUGGAAGCAUCAUUAGAACAAGCAGAAAAAACUAACAGAGAAUUACGACAACGAAAUACAAGACUGGCUACUGAAGUUGAACAAUUAAGAACAAGAUUAGAUCAACAAACAGCAGAUUGUGCAAUGUUUCAAGGAAAAGCUCAGGACUUACAGACACAACAUGAUCAUUUAUUAAAAUAUAUAAGAGAAUUAGAACAAAAGAAUGAUGACUUAGAAAGAGCUCAUAGAAUAAAUAGGGUAACAGAAGAGGAAAUAGAAGCUAAACUUAAUUCUGCUAUUGAAAAGAAUGCUUUAUUAGAAUCAGAGCUUGAUGAAAAAGAAGCUUUAAAAGUUAUAGUACAAAGACUAAUGGAUGAAAUAAGAGAUUUAAAACAGGAAAUUCAAGUACAAGAAAGGCAUCAACCAGAUAAUGAUAAAUCAGCUGAUAGAAUUCGGAAUCAUGUUGAUAGUAAUAAACUUCAAGUUGAAUUGGAAGCACACAUGUCGCCUAGUAGUCCAAUAGUACCACAAUCCAUAUCUCCAAAUAAUACAACAACUUCACCAUUAAAAAUUGGAAACAAAGUUGUAGGAGGUAUAACUGGAAACAACAAUAACAAUAAUAAUGUGAAUCCACCACUGACACCAUGCACAAGAAUACUAGCAAUGAAUAUGAUUGGUGAUCUUAUGAGGAAAGUUGGUGCAUUGGAGAAUAAAUUAAAUACAUGUCAAAAUCCAUCUCGAGAGGAUCAAGCUGUCCGUGAUCUUUACAGGACUAGACGCCAAGUUCGAGGUUUUGCCUCUGGCAACUGCAACCACAUUCGAUUAUAAACAACGGAUAAUAUUCCAACAAAAAAUUUUGUGCAUUAUAUUUGUACUGCUAUACAUGUUAUUUAACUAAAAAAAUCUCAUUUGCUAAUUUAUUAUAAAUCUAUAUGAAAAACGAUAUCAUUUUAAUCAAUUUAUUUAUUAUUAUUAUUUUCAUUUAAUUAUUUAAUUUUUUUCAUCAAGUUUGUGAUUUUUGGACAUUUUUCUACAAUUUAAAAAUAUACUUGGUAAUGUUUUAUGGAAGAAAUUUGUAAAUAAACAUUCGAAAUUGUAAGUAUUAAUAUUGCGAUUUAAUAAAUGAUUUAAUAAAAUUAA